ACUUGUUUUAUUUGUUUCUUUGUUCUGUGCCAACUACCCGAGAGUCUCUUCUUGCUUUGCUGUUGUUUCCACCAUGUCCUACGGUUCCCAGGCUGCCAAACGUUUGGCCGACAAGGUCAUUUUCAUCACCGGUGCUUCUUCCGGAAUUGGGCAGGCUACCGCCAGAGAGUUUGCUUCUGCUGCCAAUGGGCAGAUCAAGUUGGUUUUGUCAGCCAGAAGACUCGAUCGUUUGAAAAGCUUGAGUGACGAGUUGACUUCGUCGUACAAGAACAUCAGCGUGUAUUACAAUGUGUUGGACGUGUCCAAGAUUGCAUCUAUUCCAGUUUUUAUUGACAGUUUGCCCAGUGAGUUUAAAGAGAUUGAUAUUUUGAUCAACAACGCUGGUAAGGCCAUUGGAGUGGACAAAGUUGGUUCGAUUAAACAGGAUGAUAUCAACGAUAUGUUUCAGACUAAUGUGUUAGGGAUGAUUCAAGUUGUCCAGUCGAUUUUGCCUGGAAUGAUUGAAAGAAAAAGAGGAGAUAUCGUUCAAUUGGGGUCGAUUGCUGGUCGAGAGCCAUAUCCAGGUGGAGCUAUUUAUUGUGCCACGAAGCAUUCUCUAAGAGCAUUUACGAGUGCAUUGAGAAAGGAGGUUGUGAACUCGCCUGUGAGAAUCAUUGAAAUCCAGCCAGGUGCAGUUGAAACUGAGUUUUCAAAGGUCCGAUACUAUGGCGAUGAAAAGGCAGCUAAAAAGGUGUAUGAAGGUGGCGAGCCAUUGGUCGCUGAAGAUAUUGCAGAGUUGAUUGUGUUUUCAUGUUCAAGAAGAGCAAAUACUGUGAUUGCGGAAACAUUGGUGUUUCCAACUUGUCAAGCGUCUCCUUUCCAUUACUAUCGUGGAAAAGGGAAUUAAUAUUGUAGAAUUGUCAACUAUACAUUCCGAUUCCGAUUCCGAUUCAAUAGAACAGUAGAUAUAUAAAGUAACCAAUAGACGAGUAUUGCAAGGU